AUGUCGGUAUCCGCGCACGGCUAUGUGCAGCAGAUCUGGCUCGGCGAUAACCUCGUGGAAGCUUGGAAUCCCUACAAGGAUCCUCAGAAAAGCCCCCCAGUCAACAAGAUCACCAGAAAGUUCAAAGACAACGGGCCAACCUCCGACGCCAUCACCUGCAAUAUUGGUCGUGACGGAGUCAACAACGCCCCCGUCGAGGCGACGGCAAGUGUAGCCGCAGGCAGCGCUGUGAAAUUCAUGUGGACGGAUUGGCAGAGCGAUCAUCCUGGCCCGAUAAUGACUUACCUCGCCAGCUGCCAGGGGAAAUGCAGCCAGUUCUCUGGAAGUACCGGUGAUGUCUGGGUCAAGAUUCACCAGGCGGGGUACGAUGCCGGGGAACCGGUCCCGUGGGCGAGCAAGAGGCUCCCGACCCAGAACAGCACAUGGGAGGUCACGCUACCCUCCACGAUUGCUCCCGGAGAGUACAUUCUGCGACACGAGAUUCUGGGCCUCCAGAGGACCAACACGAGGGGCGACCUUGCCCAGUUCUACCCUAGCUGCCAUCAGAUCACGGUUGUAGGCGAUGGGGCGACCGAGUUGCCAGCUGGAAUCGCGCUCCCCGGCGCGUAUCGGGCUGAUGAUACCGAAUCCAUCUUCUUGGAAUAUAGGGAUGUUUCAGCAACGAACCCUUACACACCCCCAGGCGGGCCAGUCUGGGGCGACAACGGGUGGGAAGAGUAA